UCCUCCUUGGUUCAGGUGGAAGACGAGAAGUCCCCCUCCGGCCUGGGCGGCUGCGUGGGCGGCUGCGUGGGGCAGUGCGUGGGCGCGUGCAGUGGCGGCGACAGCAGCGACUUAGACCUCGGUGACGAUCUCUCGGACGACACCCGUGACUCGACGACUGACGACGACCAUGGCGACGACCACCACUCUGUUCUCUCCCCGGGGCAACCUUCCCAUCGCCGCUAUCACCCCUGGCACCGCUCACACGGAAGUGGUCGUGACGGCGAUGGGGAGGGCGGCCUGGCGUCGGAGGUGGGCGUGGGCGACGUGAGGCCAGAAAAUGAAGCAGAGGAGCAGGAGGAUGGCCUGAGCGGAGGACUGCCGCAACGGAGUAUCCGGAAGGUGUUCACUAAUACUCGCGAGAGGUGGCGGCAGCAGAACGUGAGCGGCGCCUUUGCCGAGCUGAGGCGGCUGGUGCCCACGCACCCGCCGGACAAGAAGCUCUCUAAAAACGAAAUCUUAAGGUUGACUAUCAAGUACAUCAAACUCCUCAACUCAGUGCUUGAGUGGCAACAGCGGCAGGACGAGAUGAACGGACAGGCAGACCAUAUCGCCACCAGUGACGCAAACCAUAAUAACAACAAUAAUAACAACAACAGCAGCCAUAACCAUAAUCACAACAGCAGUAACAACAACAGCAGUACCCGGAACGGAGCUGCCUUAGGCUUGGGUCUAUCUCGGGGCUCCCCAUUGUCUCCUCAAGACUCCUGUGUCAGCCUCGACGCGUCCCUGCGGUACCGGUACCUAGCCCUCUCUGCCUCCCCUCCUUCCCCACAUUCCCCUCGCCUUAUAUCCUCCUCUUCUUCCUCCUCCACAACCCUGUCCCCUCCACCGCUGUCCUACUCAUCCCCAGGCCUCCUUCGAGCCUCCCCUCUCCCAGCCACGCAUUCUUUGGCUCCGCCGCCCACAACCGUCACUGUCCACACCACUUCCACGACCACCGUUGCCACACCCUCCUCUUCCUCCUCCCCACUGUCGUCGUGCCCUGCGCCACCCUCUGCAACAUCUUGCUCAUCGUCCGGAGAAUCUGCGUCACCGUGUCGAGAGGACCCUGCAACAGCUGUGGUGCCUCGCUUCCACCCUUACGUGUUGGCGGUACGGGUGCGGCCCACACUCUCCUUACUCCACCCGCCGUCCAAGUAAUGGUCACAGGCCUGUACUCCCACCCCAUUGCACCCGUGGUUCUCUGGAGCAACAAGAUGGAAUACGAAGCCGUUUGAAAAUAUUGCCUGUUUGAAGGAACGUGUCGAUGGUUUGUUAAUUAUUGUGAAACAUCAUGAAGAACAAAGUGUGGACAAGAUGUCUAUUUUUGGUGAGUCAUCAAAAACCUUUACGUUGAAAAAUAUAAUAACAAUUUAAUUUUUGGGAAAACGAAUUGUUGACAGAAAAUGUUUUUAGUGAGGAAUUUAUGAUAAGCAAUUAUGGAGCAUGCUCAAACAAAUCGAGUCAACCUAGCCCGUAUUCGAACCGCUUCCAUGGCGCUCCCGCGCGAGUACACACACACACACACACACACACACACACACACACACACACACACACACCACUCCCUGGCGCAACU